AUGCUGGGGCGCCGCUGCGGGAGUCCCCGGGCGUUCUUGGCCUUGGGGUUGUUCCUCCUAGGGUUAGGGUUGGACUGGGUGCCGGUGGCGCAGCCGCUGAAGGUCCCACUCAGGGUGAAGGAUUUGCUCCCGGUCCUUCCGCGGCAGGUCUCGUGGCCAGUGCUCAACAAUCUCCACAGCGCCGUCGACCUGCUGCCGUCGUUUGUGGGCUCCGUCGCGCCUGAGAACGGAACGAUUGGCUGGAAGGGGACCUGCUUCCUCGAUAACGAGGCGCGGCUAGAGUUUACGAGCGGUGACCGUGGUGAUGACCUUGGUGGCGGGGUUCUCCACCUCAAGGCAUGUGUUCCUGCUGAUCUAAUUAUGCGCUCAAUUUUUCUUGUCGAAACCAAGCAUAUGAUGUUUCAUUUCUUUCGAGGAACUUUUCUCGUCACAGAGUAGAUCUCAGUUUGUCCAAGGAGUCAUUUCCAUUAAUGCUCAAGAAAUGUUCGAUGGCUCUGCUUAAGACGUUGCCACCCUCUUUGCCCUUAUUUUCUGUGAGCAUGGGGCGGUACAGUGAUGACUUCGUUCUAAAACCCCAUCUUUUGACUGGAUAUUUUUCGGCAAAGAACUGUUGAUAUUUAAAGAAAGUAUAAAUUCACAGAAAAAAUAACAAAAAAAGAGAAAAUUGGCAAUCUGCCUGCCCUAGGAAAAAGAGAGACCAGUCAUUGGAUCUAUGAAUUGUUCAGAGGACUGAUGGCGCUGGAGUAAUGAUAUGUUACGGCUAUUUAUUUGAUAGAUCGUAGCUUAUGUUCAUUAUCACUUAUCAAACUGUUAUUGCUGUUGCAACGUAUCUUAUCUGUUAUACCAUUAGCUGCUUGUUUUGGCAAAUGUGGCCUGGUUUUAGUAUAAUUUACUGAAAUCUAAUGAUGCCAUCUCUAGAUUCUUUUGUUGGGGUGUCACACCUUUAGUAGCUAUAUGUUCAUACCAUCGAACAUAUACUGAAAUAUAAUGAUUAUGAAACAGAUGUCAUUUUUUUAUAAUAAUAAUACUAUCAAGUUACUUUUGCAUAAUUUUGAGCAAUUUCCUCCUAUUUUCUCGGUAUAAAAAACAUUUUUCAUUGAUUUCUAAUUCUUUCAAUCCUCUUCAUUAUAUCUGACAUGCCUGUACAAAUGAUUAGUUGUUGUUACCAAAUCACAUUUAACGGGAACAAGGACAUGCAUAUCCGAUACAUCUACCAAAACACACAAGUCAGGUAAACCUAAUGAUGACCUGAUUUGGGGAGUCUUGUCGCCUGGGAAAUUAUUGUCUUUGGAAUUUUCACAAAACCAAUUUGGUUUCUGCAGCGAGUUCCUUGGAUUUUUUCAUGAAAAGGAGAGCAUGCCCAUACAUUGCGGCCCAGUGCAUACUUAUGGUUUUGGACCCACACACUGUAGUCAAGAUUUUGAGUUAAACAAAAGAGUGUCUAGCAAGUUGCCGUUUAGUCAAGUAGAAUCUAUUUGCUAUUGGGUUUAUUUUCUUAGAUCAAAUUUUAAUCAAUUCAAGAUAAACUACGAAUUUGGAUCAUAGAAUUCAGAUCCUUGUUUUUUUGUCCCAAAUAUCAGGAGCGGUUUUGAUUUUGAUUCCCCAUGGGAUCACAGGAUUCUUGUAUGUUUCUUAUAUUCUAAACAAAAUCGCAACAACAUUGUUUAGGCAAACACGACUCAGUUAUGGUAUUCAAGAUGUGGACAUAAUAUCAGAAUCAUUUUUUUUUUCCAGAAGUUCCUAGGUUUUAACAUCUGAACUCUGCAAGAGUUAUGCACACGACGUGUACCAUGUGACCUUUACCGUGUCAAGAAUUAGCUGGGUUGUCACAUCUUUGUGGUUUCCCUUUUUACCCUUCAUGUGUGGGCCAAGUUUCCUUUUCACUUUCCCCACCCCGCAUCAGUUGAUUGGGAUCAGUAUGUCGUAUGAUUUACUGAAUCGUUUUCUACAAUCUUUUUCAUUGUUGGUACAAGAAAAAGCUUCCUUGAUGAACUUAGGUGGGUGAACAGAAUAAUUUCCCUGAUGAUCUCUGUACAAUCAACUAACAGAGUGCUACAGUACACUAUUAAUGUUGAGUCAAUGUCGGUAGCUGUGAAAAUUAUUUGUAUUUAGAUAUUACUGUUUCUUUAAAAUUGAGCUUAUAUUUACUUGGAAUUCUUCAUUAGAUUUUAAAUAUUGGAUUUGUGUCCUUUGCUGACAAAGGGCAUAGUUUAUCAAUGCUUGUGUGUUUAAGACGGUCUCUUCUACUCCCAUUCUUUUCUGCAGACAGAUGCAGCCCACAGCUGGACUUGCAUGGAUCUGUAUGUAUUUGCAACCCCAUACAGGAUUAUGUGGGAUUAUUACUUCUCUACUCGUGAGCAUACCUUGGAGAUCAAGUCGUGGGAAGAACCGGCUGAACUCGAAUAUGUCUCUUUCUACAUCCUGUGUUUCCUUUUACUUGGAUAUUUUAUGUAAUACUGCCACAGGAUACUGACGCUUUUGGGAUGUUUGAUCAGGUGAAACAACAUGGAGUAGCAAUCUUUUUGAUGCAAUCUGGGAUGCUUGGCACUCUGCUCUCUCUCAUAGAUGUCCUACCUCUAUUUUCAAACACUUUGUGGGGGCAGAAUGCCAAUAUAGCUUUUCUAAAGAAGCAUAUGGGGGCUUCAUUUGAAAAACGUCCCCAGCCUUGGCAGGCAAACAUUAGUGUGGCUGAUGUACAUUCAGGAGAUUUUUUGGCUAUUUCAAAAAUCCGUGGUCGUUGGGGUGGAUUUGAGAGCCUAGAAAAAUGGGUAACCGGAGCAUUUGCGGGACAUACUGCCAUUUGUUUAAAAGAUGAAGAUGGCAAUCUUUGGGUUGGUGAAUCAGGUCAUGAAAAUGAAAAGGUACAUUCACGAUGUUCAAUAAUUCGUCUUUGAAACUGAAGUAUUGAGGCAUGAUUCUAAUACUAUUUAUGGCCUAACCUUCCAUUCAAGGCUUUUUUUGGAUGGGCUUGGUAGGUAAAUAGUUUUAAUUUACAAUAUGUGACAGUUGCCAAAGGAAUAGAUGGAACCUAUGGAAAUGUACGGUAGCUGGCAUUUUCUGGUCAUCACUGUCGAGGUUUUGUGUUGUAUCUAACCCUUUUUUUUGGUCCACUCUACAUUUCUAUACAGGGAGAGGAAAUUAUAGCAAUAGUUUCUUGGGAUGAGUGGUGGGCAGAGGCACUUAAAGACAGUUCAAACCCACAAAUUGCAUUGCUUCCUUUGCAUCCAGAUGUGCGUGCGAAGUUCAACUCUACAGCAGCAUGGGAAUAUGCUCGAAGCAUGUCAGGACAGCCCUAUGGUUACCAUAAUAUGAUAUUCAGCUGGAUUGAUACAAUUGGGGACAAUUAUCCCCCACCUCUUGACUCUAACUUGGUAUGGUUCUGAAUUUGACAAGCAUAGUGCAGUAAUAGAUUUUACACUUUCUCCUUGUUCAUUCUUCAACAUCUGCAAAAUUUGGCAUUGUAUUUUCUCACUUUCCAUGUGAAUCGUUUGAGCCCACGAUUCUAUGGUUUAGAACUUGGCUUUCAAACCUGACUUUUUUUUGGCUCUUUCAUUUAUCUCUUCAAUAUUACGAUAUGAUAUGAAGGAUGUACUAAUUCCCACAACGCUUUUAAAGUUUUUCUCUGGAGAGGCCUUUGUGUUUAAAAAAACUGUAGUGUCAGAGUUUAAAUGCACCUUUAUGUUAGAACCAAUUCUUCAUAUAAAAUAUGAUCCUGAAUGGUAUGAAAGGGUGAAAGGUGAGGCUGUGUCCCGAUUGUUGUGAAUGUGUAACUGAAAGUCUCAGUUCUAAUGAUUUGUUACUCUUCGUACCAUUAUUUAAUUUUUUUUAAAAUGUUUACUUUGUUGAAAAAAUUAAUCCUUGGAUAUUUGGUUGUGAUAGUAACCAGGUGAGUAAAUAACAGGUUUUUUGACAAGUUAUAAUGAUCUAACUCGCGUUUUUUUUUCUUUUUUUUGGCUUCUCUUUUCUAUUCAUACCAAUUGAUCGGUUUUAUGGAAAGUUUAUGUGAAAAUGCAAUUGAAAUCUCAAUCUUAAUAAAAAAAAUUCUCUUCACAGCUUAUAACGAAUCAAAAUGUUUAGUUGGUUGACGUUGCGUUUGGUGCUAAUAGUUAGUAUGUGUGCAGGUGACAAUUUUGCUGGCAUGUUCUGUUGAGCUUUACUCAUUUAAUUUACUUGGGUUCCAUUUACUUAUCAUCCCUGUUGACUAGUUAUAAUUUAUAUAUGGCCCCCAUUUUGGUGCAAAAUCCUCUGGUUAGACUAUUAUCUUUCUACAUUCAUGGAACAAAAAGAGAUGCACCUUGUGAAUAAAAAUGGAGGCCAACAAAGGUGUGUGGACUUGCCGAUGAUAAAAAAUUGAAAAUAACUGAUCAUCAGACAUUGAAUUGAACAUUUGUCGGAUAAUUGUACUUGAUAUGCAUUUGCCUUGCGCUAAUAUUGGGCAAACAGUGGAAAAAAUAUGAGAUGGGAAACGGUUAGUGCUAUGGAACAUUUAUAGCUACACACUGUUAAAGAGUUAUCUUUUCGUGCACUAGGCUGUAAUGACGAAAAAACCAAGGUUUUGCUACGUACUUGGCGGAAUAUUAGUUUUCAAUCUUACCCUGUCCAUAUGAAAUUGCUGAUUUCUUUUUUCUCUGAUGCAACAUUUUAUAUAGAGAUCUAUCUUGAAUUUUGCUGAAGGAAUAAUUGAGGGAGAGUGAAAAGAUGGGACCUUUUCUGUCCUUUUUGCUGGAUCAUGGAUGUUCUUAAUAAUUUCACACUUCUUCAUCAAUUUCCUCGAAAUACUGAGAUUUUGAUGUAUUCCUUUCUCUCUCUGGGGGUGACAGGUGAUUUCUAUUCUGUCAAUGUGGACGAGGUUACAGCCAUCCUAUGCAGCCAACAUGCUGGAUGAAGCCCUUAACAAGAGGCUUGGAACGAAGGUAGGAUGGUACACAGUUUUCACCACUGAUGUUGGUUCGUUAAGCCGAAAUAUUUUUUCUCGGCUAUUUGUUGAUGACAGCUAAAAGUUUAUCAGAAAUUAGCAUAUUUCGUUUCCGUGGGCGGGACCUCAAUGAUCGUCAUUUAUCAUCAUUUUACUCAACCGCUUGGAUUCCUUUUCCGAUGGGCAAGCUGCCUCCCAGAUGAUGAUGACCUUUGACUCACUUGCAUAAUAUCAUGGUCUAGAACUGGAACCAUCCUAGAGGUUAUCUGUGAUUUGUUUAUUAAACGGAAAUAAAGUAUUAUUCAUUAAGUAAACAGUAACAGGUCAAACCGCUGUCUUGUGGGCCCAUCAACUGAGCAGCUUUCUUAUCUAUUUUGAUUAGUGAAACCUGGCCAGAGUUGGAGGUUGUUGAUCUGCAUUGGAUGAAGAAAUGUGUGACGGGUCCCUUGUUUGUGUCCCCCUUGUUCAACAGGAGCUUAGCUUGCACCACAUACUCGCCGAGGCAGAGAGACGCGGCAUCACCCUGGACCACCUGCUGACGAUCCCUGAGCAGGACGACUGGGUCUAUAGCGACGGCAAGUCCACCACCUGCGUCGCCUUCAUUCUCGGGAUUUACAAGGCGGCGGGCAUCUUCGAACCCUUCUCCAGCUCCAUCCAGGUCACCGAAUUCACCGUAAGUUCCCCCUCCUCUCGACUUGCACACACACUCUGAUGUCAGCUCUAUUUAUCUAUCAAAGUCCAGUGAGCUGGGAAAUAACGAGACGGUCUGCAGAUCCGGGACGCGUACACGCUGAGGAUAUACGAGGACAACCAGACUCGGCUCCCGAGAUGGUGCAACGACGGGAAGGUCCCCUUCUGCCAGAUCCUCGGGGAGUACCGCAUGGAGCUGCCAGAGUACAACACCAUCCGGCCGUACGCCUACAUGAACGAGCACUGCCCCUCGCUCCCGCCGACCUACGAGCGGCCGGCGAAUUGCUGA